UUAGUAUCUUCUCAAGCUUUCUACAAUGGCGCCACACAAUAUCAACAGCCGCUCUACAUGGAAACAAAAGAAUAUGGUCCCCAGCCACAUUCCCAGGUUUACUACAAUAACUACUACAAUGGAGGCCCAGAGCAAAAUGAACUGCAUCAAUCGAGCACGCCUGAACCAGGGGGUCCCCAAUUUAUCUUCGCCCCACAAUCAGAUCCCAGACCUCCACAGAACGAGAAUAAUGGAAGUGAUACGUCUCAGUCGGAUGUGCUUGUUACACCUAAAGGUACGCUUGCGCUGCAAGAUCCUACCUUGCUAUGUUUCUAAACUACAAUAACUAAGAGUGGAAUUUACUCUUUAACUAACUGUAGAUAAAAUGAUUUAGUAUUUGACUUGAAAAAAGAUUAAGCCUGCAGGAACUACACCUGUUUUCUCGGAAAAGAAAUUAAGGGGGAGUGCGUCUGAAAUUGCAGGUUUAAUUUUUUAGUUUUAGUUUAAUUUUUACGGCUGAUUUUAGUCUCCUGCGCAGUAUUUGCUUUUACAGGACUGUUUAUUUUGUCCAUUAGGCUGCGUGCAAACGGACGCAACAACUCCCAACGUUGUUGCGCCAACAAUGUUGGGAGUUGUUGCAUGCCUGUUGGCAGUGGUGUGCAAACGAAUGCAACAACUACCAACAAUGUUGGGACCUGCAUUGCAUCGUCGAAAGGAUACAAUCCAGAAGUCUUUGUAAACCAUGCGUAAUGAGCAUGCGUGGCCCAAGCAAUGUUGGAAGAGCUGUGCAAAUGGAUCCAACAUUGUUGCGCUACGCUUCGGUGAUCACGGAACAAAAGAAAUGUUGGGAGUUGUUGGCUGAAAAGUUUGGCUGGGUGCAAACGGACGCAACAUUGUUGACCAACAACUCCCAACAUUGUUGGAUGUUACAUUUUGCGUCCGUUUGCACACCCUGCUGCAUGUUGUUGGAUGUUGUUGCGUGUUGUUGCGCAAAGUUUGAAACCAGUCAAACUUUUCAGCCAACGACUCCCAACAUUUCUUUUGUUCCGUGAUCGCCGAAGUGUAGCGCAAGAAUGUUGGAUCCGUUUGCACAGCUCUUCCAACAUUGUUGGGGCCGCGCACGCUCAUUACGCAAGGUUUACAAAGACUUAUGGGUUGUAUGCUUCCCACGAUGCACUGCAGGUCCCAAUAUCGUUGGGAGUUGUUGCAUCCGUUUGCACGCAGCCUUAGUUGAGAAAACAUCAAUUAAAGGACUAACGGUCAUCUUUGUAUACGUAAUAGAUUACUCUUGGAAUUGCAUGGCCGUGAGCUUUGAAAAGACAUGCGGUGUGAGUUCAUGUGCGCAUCUGUAAAACAAAACGAACUCAAAGACCGACUCUAGUAUAUAAGUUUAGCCAAACCUAAGAGCAAAGCUUCCGUUAAUGUACUUAUAAAUUCAUUUCAGGCACGAUGUUAAAAGUCUCUAACUUAGACCCAGUGAUACUCAAUUUGCGAAAUUCACAAAUGACGAGUGAAAUUUGAUUGGUUACAUAACAGACGCUUUCCACAGCUGAUGACCUACAUGAGUAAAGGUUCAUUUGUUAAUAUCAGUCAUAUUUGUUUUUCCCCAACGCAUGUUCCUGUUCCUUUUAGUAAAUAAAAGAAGACCUCUGCAUGUUAAUAAUAUCACAAAACUUUCUACUGAGCUGCAUGCACAAAUGGAAAAUGCUUUACCGAGAUUGUCAUUGUUUUCAAGCAACAAAGGUAGAAUAAUCCCUAGAAAUUUUUAGAAAUGAAGUUAUAUUGCAAAUACCUUAAUCGUGAAUAGCAGAUACUUUUAUUUAUUUAUUUAUUUAUUUUAUUUUUAUUAUUUUAUUGUUGUUCUGAGGAAUGGAUUGAAAGGCUUAAAUGUAUCGUGGCCCUGAAUAAGAAAUCCUUGGCCACAAACAGGGUCCUAAUUUGGUAUCCUAGAUUGCUUUAAGUAAUGUGCCUAUCUAUUGACUGGUUGUAAACAGAUUUAUGAGCCCUCGCACUCCCCAUGUCUCUUGCGUAAGUGAUUGUACAGAAAUAUGUGCGACAUAAAUGUACCCCUGACUUAGCCUGCAAUAUGCGCUGACGUAUUCUCGCCUCUUCUCUCCGUACAUGACAACCUGAAAUACGUCUACUUUCACAGGCUACUAACUUUCCUUGCCUCUCCAGCGAGCAAGCGCGUCACCUAACGCAUACUGAAACGUAUUUUCUAAUUUCUGGGAUAUGGUUACUCGUAGGUAGUUACGUUUUAAUUAACUCGAGGCUUAGCCAAAUUUUAAGUACUGACAUUUCACUCCGAGAUCAUUAUGAUAUCUAUACUACUACAUGAAAAAUUUGAUUUGCAAUUUUUUGCUCUGCACAUUUGAUUUGCAAUUUGGUUGGCUUAGAGCAGUGGUAUUUCAGCUUAAUCUGAAAUACUUACAAGUGAAAAUUACAAAUCUUUUGUGGGUAGUUGUAUAAACAAAUAAUAGCUUGAUUUGUAUGUGAUAUGUGGCAUGAAUACUACUUGUGAUAUUUCAAAAUUUCUCAAAUUUCACUCGCCUAAUGGCUCGUGAAAUUACGUAUAUAACAAUUUCGAAAUAUCACUAGUGGUAUUUAUGCCAAAUAUCACUAAAAAUCAUGCUAUUACCUAUACAAAAAAUUGAUACUCUCAACAAUGUUUACGUAGCUAGAUGUAAUAAUGGAUUUAAACAUUUAAUCUUCAAUUAGCACUAAUCAGCCUUUUAAGAACCGGGCUAUGAAUAAAUUCCUAAUCUAUUAUAUAUUAAUCUUUUCUUUUAGAACCCAUACUCCAUUUUAGCUUUAGCAAUGUAAACGGUAAAUUUGUCAUCGACGAAUCGAAAAAUGGCAUUGAAGGAGUGCUUGAGGGUCAGGUAACCAUGCAGCAUUUGGGCCCCGUUUGUGGAUUUGGUCUCUAUUUUAAAAAUGGUGAUCUGAGCGUAAGCCCUGCUAAGCUCGGCAAGCUGAUAAAGAAGGAGAUGAGUCUGAUCACCUGGGUCAAAAUAGAAACCUUGAGUCAUACCAACGUCAUCUACGCAUGCGUGGGAGGCGGUGUUGCUCAGCGGUUAGAGGUUAAUGCCAAAUAUGGUUCUGCUAAUGGGUACAUCCGUUGGAUGUAUGUUCUCGAAGGUGGAGCAGGAAAUAUAUUUAAUGUUCAGACGGAGGCGGUCAUUAUACCAGGUACUGUUAUCAAAUUUUCACCAUUCAAGAUUUAACAACAGCUUUGCCGCUGUUCUGAUUUCCUUUUUAAUGUUUCAUUUCGUCAGAGUUUUUAGUCAUCGUGUUAUUAAAUCAAUGAAGUGGAUGAAAAAUUUAAAGCUCAGCGUCUGAAACUGCAAUCGGUUGGUAGUAAUUGCGUCAUGAUUUGAAAACUGCACUACCGUAUUUAUUCGAAUAAGCGCCCAACUUUGAAUUAGCGCCCACCUCGAAUAAGCGCCCAUCCUAACGGCAGAAAAAGUUAAUAAGCGCCCAGCCUCGAAUAAGCGCCCACCCCCUCCUCUUACCAAUUAAACUCAAAUAACCGUUCACCCCCACCCCACCCACUUGAGUUAAUAAAUUCUAAUAAGAGACUUGCCCGAGGACGGAGUUUUCUUCAGAGUAUUUUACAGAAACCUUGCUUUGUUAGUUCUUCGCGUUUUGUUAUUAGCAUUUAUUGUUUUGUUGCAAAAUAAACAUACUUCACUUGCUGAAAAUGGUGAAAAUUUAAUAAGCGCCCAGCCUCGAAUAAGCGCCCACUCUCAAGGCCCAAAAAUUUAAUAAGCGCCCAGGGCGGUUAAUCGAAUAAAUACGGUAUUUGGCAUUCUGUCAUGGAAGGAAAGUACGGAAAGAAAAUGAAUAAAAUAAAACAGACAAAAUCUUAAUUUUAUAAAUUUUCAACCAAAGAAAAUUCUAGAUUACGAGAAAACCUUGAGAAGCUUUAUAUCUCAGCUCUUUGGUAUUGCGAUAAACUGUCGAGUGAAUGUUAAUACGCUCAAAUCAUUCUGUAAUUUUCCACAAUUGACUGAUUAAGUUGUUUUACCUCGAAGUUUAGUUAACCAGUGAACCCAAAAAUGUUUUAUUCGUCGUAGUAUAUAUAAAAAAAGUGCUUUUGAAAUAGGUACGUGUUGGGAGGGCAAUCAUGAAAAGCAGAUUUACAAUUGUGGGGAGAACUCACACGAAACGCUUUUAUAAUAGUGAAAUAUCUGAAGAGUCAAUAAUAUAUAUUUUAAAAAAAUCAAAAAUAUGUAUAGUGAAUGUAUCUUUUUUUAAUGCAACGCUUCAUAGACAGACAAAAAAAAGAAAAGGAUACGGGUAAACUCAGAGGCAGAUUCCUAAACGUAACGGAUUAGAUAGUCGAGACAGGGCCAAAAAUAAAAAAAUAAAAAAAAAAAAGGAAAAGGACACGGCCAAACUCGGACGCAGGUUUCUAAACGUAAGAUAAGGUAGUCGAGACAGAGGCAACCCAGGAGAUACCGAUAAAAAUCAAGAAACUAGUUUCUGUCAGAUUUAUUUAGCCUUGGAAGUACCUGUGAGAUCGGCUACACUGACCACGCUUAUAAAAACAUUUCAGGUUCUUGGACCCACAUCGGCGCCGCUUAUGAUGGAAGCAAAGGAAAACUGAAAAUAUUUGUCAACGGCCAAAAGGUCUUAACAACGGAUCAAAUUGGCAAGGUGAAUCAAAUAUCGUGGGGCCAGAAAGUGAUGAUAGGAAGGUAUCUUGAUUCCACAGGUGGUGAUACAGGAAUGUACCUCGAAGGGUACCUAGAUGAGUUCUAUAUUUUCGACGAAGUAAGAGACGAGUCUCAAGUAAAGAAAUUGAUGGAAAAGUGUGAAUAUCCAACGGAUAGUAAGUUGAUUUGAUUUGAUUUGAUUUAUCUUUCACUAAUUGUUAACAGGCAAAAAAGACCUGACUCGAAUUAUAUAUGUUUGUUCAAUUUAUUAUAAUAUACAUUUACACACACCUAAUUUUAGGUAAAGGUAUGUGCUACUAGAUUUCAUUUGAUGGACACUUCUGAUGCAUUUCAUGAUCAUGGAGUAAAAGCUCGACCUCGUAAAUUGAGUCAUUAGAGAUUGCUACAAACGAUUAUUACGGAAUGUGACGUAUUCCUAAACCAAUCCGAGCAAGUGAGCCUCUUUGAUCACCUGAGUAGUUAAACCGUUUCAUAAAAUUAAUGCGAUCUUUCUCAUCAGUGUCAUGAUCAACUUCUUUUAAAAAUUGAAAUGAAUCAAAAUCAGAAAUGGGGUUUCAUCCAUCAUCCCCUUAGUGACUUAAUUAUCCCUUAGUCUAAGCGACUACGUUUCUUCGCCAACAGGCUCUGGACCGGCCGUCUACUUAACAUUUGAUAACAUUCAAGGAAUGAAAAUUAUUGGGAACUCCGCGAUGGGCAUUGACGGGACAGUUGUAGGACAAAUGACGCCGAAUACAUACAGUCGUAAUUGCCGUAAGGGCAUAGAGCUGGUAAAAGGACAAGGUUAUAUUGAGUUAAAUGGAAAUAAACUUGACAGUGAAAGCAAGGAUGCGAUGUCGAUCUCUGUUUGGAUUCGUCUUGUGAGCAAUGACCGCGUAAAUACUAUAUAUGGAAGUGUCGGAAAUAAGGGUUUACAUCAUCUCAGUGUAAAGUCGAUUGGCUCACCAAACGCAGUAAUCCACUGGCUGCAUACCUCAUCUAAUGGAAAGGUUAUUUUUGACAUUACUACUGAGCCUGCGGUGCCUGCAGGUUAGUUAAGCCUUUUCUACCUACAACGUACUAUAUAUUUGGCCUUUAAAGUUCCUGGUUUAUACAGCUUUUACGUAAUCAUGAUGAACGCUCUUUUUUAUUUUGUUGUAAUAAAUUCAAUAUUAAUACCUUACUGCAUCCUGCUCAUUGCAUUAACACUUUCAUACAAAAUAGGAAAUAUAAGAAUUAAUUGGCCAUGCAAAUUACAUUUUCAUAACCCUAAAACCACCUCUGCAAUACGAUAUAACUUUUCAAUUUGACGUCAGUUGAGUUGAGGGAAGGGAACCUGGCCACUGUGUAGACAUUUUAGGUCUUAUCCUCAUUCAUCUGAGAAAAUGAAACAAGAUAUAUUAUUGAGUCUCCCAUUUCGAAUACGGUGUGUGUUCGGGAUUUUUACUUAAUUUUUCAUUUCUUUUCUUUUUUCUUUUUUUUCUCAUCCAUAGUCCAUUAGUUGAACUUAAUUAUUGUUAUUAUUAUUAUUUUAAUAGGUAUCUGGAGCCACUUAGCUGUUGUUUACAAUGGAGGACUGGGAAAAGUAAAAAUAUUUGUCGACAGUGUUAAGAUUUUUACUUCAACAAAGAACAUAGUAAAACAGGCGCACGUGCCAUGGAGUGCAACGGUGACUGUUGGAAACUUUCCUGGAAAGGAUGCAGAAUUUUUCUCUGGAGUGAUGGACGAAUUCUACAUUUUUACAACUCCACUAUGGCAUACUGAAGUUGAAGCAUUAAUGUCCAAGUGCGAAUUUCUAAGUGACAGUAAGUACAUAUGUUCUUAUAACUUAGCCCCUUUGGCUUGCUCGAUGCUCCAGGCACGCUCCAUCAACCCUUUUUGUUUUAUUAGUUAAAGUAGUGUUAGUUAUAACAUGAAGGACUUUUAGCGAUUGGGACGGCAGUAGAUUGUUCAUGAAUUUGAAUAAGUUUUCACCCCAAGCUACAACUCCAUAACUUUUCAUGUACCAGCAUUUUUGGAAGAAAAGGUACCCUUUCAUUAAACCACCAAUGUAAAUGGUGCUUCUUUCGCAUACAUACUAACGAGCCCUAUACCUUAGCUGGGCCCUUGGAAUGAGGCGGAUAAACGAUCUCUCAGGAGAACAUCGCGCUUCACCCUAAAAUAUGUUGAACACUUUUAUUUGUUCAACAGUUCAUCAUGUUGCGGUAGGUAGGUAGGCCCUUUUAAAAACAGGGAAUACAGACUUAUUUACCCUUUCAAGAGCUGUGACUCUUGGAAUCCUCCUUUACCAUUUAGUUUUUCCUUUCCCUAGAAUCCUCUUGAUACCAAAAGGCUUGAUAAAAGUGCCUUUGUAAUCUAGAGACUCCCCGUAUUAGCCAUUAUGGGGAAGCCUUUCCCAGGAUACUGGUACGAACGUGUGAGUUUUCUUAUGAAGCCCAUAGAAAUAGAACAAUACUGCAGUCGCUAAUAAUGUGGCAGGCACUAACUUUACAAGAGCUUUGUUACCAGAAAAAUUUCACCUAAAGACAACUGCUAGCUGCGGUACCAACACAUCCCAAGGAAGGGUUCUGGAAGGCAAAGAUUGGUAAUCUAAGUUUAAGGCUAAUCCAAAGAAAACGCGAGCCAAGGAAACGCAAGCAAAAAUGCAAGCAAAUGGUAAAUCUAGAACCAAAACAGUAAAACUUUAUCGGUGAAAUUCCUGGCGUCCUUAGAAACGACAAGCUCUAAAGGCGAAUUGGCAACAGUAUGCAAAUGCCAGUGUAAAGCUACAAGAGCUUACAAGCUACUGAGUCCUACGCACUCAUGUGGGAAUGUUUAUGAAAAAAUUGGGCAAAAUUCGCUUAAAGCGCUAAGAAGUCCCAUCUAAGAGCUGAGAUUUAUUUAUUACCAUUAUAGGGACUUUGUAUUAUGUCGACGUUACUACUGGCUCCGAGACUAAAUCGGGGACUCAGUCCCGUGUGUUUUUGAAAUUGAUUGGAGAGACAGGAGAACAUGGAGAAGUGGAACUGGGAACGAAGUUUAAGAAAGGAAGGUUUGUCGGGAAAUGCGCUAUAUGAUAUUUCCCCUUCAAAAACCAUUAAUGAUUUAUAAAGAAAAAACAUAAGAAAUUAAGACGGAAUCCAUCAGGAAAUUGUACGAGUAAUUUCAAAUUUUCAGUGGACAAAAAACUUUUAAACAAUAUCGCAUUCUUUUUUACAUUUUUGAAGGGCUGUAGAUAGAUGUUAUCUGUUAUCUGUAAUUGUAAUAACACCGAAGAAAAUUUCUUAUGAGAUCCUGAGAAAAUAAAAGUCAAAUUUCAAAAAAUGACAUCCCAUGAAAAAUAUUCUUUGGUGUUAUUAGAGAUAACUACAGUGGAACCCCGUUGAUGCGACCACCGUUGUGCCAUAAAAUCCUGGUCGUAAUAAAGAGGUGGUCGCAUUAACGGGGUCUUCAAAAUAAUAAAAUGACCCAAUGGUUUUUACGUUUGAUUUGAAGGAAUAUGGCCGUAAUAACGAGGUGGUCUUACCAACGGGGUGGUCGUAAGGCGGGGCUCCACUGUAAUUAUAUCUAUAGCCCUUGAAAAAUGUAAAAAAUAGUGCGAUAUUGUUUAAAUUAUUCUAGUACGAGGUUUUUGUCCACUAAUAAUUAUUUAAAUUACUCAAUUUUCUGACGGAUUCCUCCUUAAUAUUUAAUGAGUGUCUUUAUAUCUGAUUAAGACGCGUCCAAUUUUUUAGACCAAAAUAGGCCUAAAUCUAAAUAUUAGUGCAAGAAUGAGUUGAUCUAUAUCAGAGAUUUGAAGCCGUUCAAUAAACUCGUUGUCGUGUAUUGUCAGUUUUGAAAACUCUUUUUAAACCUGCUAAUAUGCUGCUGCUAAUUUUUUCCAACAGUCCUACUUAAUUCUUGAGUUAAAAGAACGAGCUCAAUAAAUGAUGCAUGUGUACAAUACUAGAUUACUUGAUCUUAAGCAUAUCCUUUAAAUAACGUCCACAAAUUCAGCUUAAAUAGUUUUGUAAACAAGAACAGUUACAGAAAAAAAAUUUUCCCUCCAAUAUUCCAUUGGAUGAAAUUUAAACAAACAAUUUUACAUUUUCAUAACUCUAUUAUCAGGUUUAAGAACAUCAAGAUAUUGCUUCGUCUGGAGUACAGUACAAAACUUAUCUUUUCCUUUCUUUUCUGUUUUCCAAGAAGCAUUAAGCCGAAUUAUGAAAGAUAUCUUCAAGAUUCUUCUACUUCAAUGAGAGGGUUGUCUCAGAUGGGAUUUUUUUUCGUUUUAGCACGAUGCCCUUUAACGUUUACUCUCCAAACAUUGGGAACCCAUUAAAGAUCAGUAUUCGAAAGGAUACUAAAGGAUUGAUAUCGACAGAUUGGUUCUUAGAGAAGGUGAGAAGUAAAUCGAUAUCUUUCCGAAUUUAUCCCUGUAAAUACCAAUGCAGAGCAGAUAACGCAUAAAUUCCUUUAUGAACCUUAGUAAAGUGUACAUGCGUUUUCCAGGGGAAAAUGAAGGACGAGCCAACUAGUUGUAUAUAAAGGAAAUGUCAUUCGAAUGCUGAACACAGAAAACGGAAGGUAGCGAAGGUUUUGUAAACUCUCAACUAUGACUGGUUAAUUAAAGUCUGCGAGAGAAAAUUAUGAGUGUCUUUUCAUGGACGUCCAGAAGAAAAGAACUCCUGUUGACAGUACCACAGCAAUUGUAUACUAUAAUUACUAUAAUUAAUCGAUUACGUCUUCCUUCAAACAAGAAAUUGUUUCUUCUCAAAUUUAUUUAUAAUAAGUGCAUUAACUAAAGAAUAGAAUUACUCAAAAAGGUACCUCUUGAUUUCACAGGUUGUCGUUACUGUAGAUGAUCGUACAGAUGGACCGAGUUUCAUUUUCAAGUGCAAUUGUUGGAUUGGGAAAAGCAAAGAUGACCUCCAGAAGUAUCUCAUCCCAGAAAAACAUGGUCAGUUGAAGCUUCAAAGAACGAAGGGUUGAAUCGACUGGGUUCCGUUGUCAUGAACCAACCUCGUUCCCAGGGUUCUCUGAAGCAAGAGAGAGAACCCUGGGAAUGAGUUAACGUUGGUCGUGAGUUAGCUUUUUUGAUCAGGGCUAUCAUUUAGCUCAAGUGGCGUUUACGCAUUCUGCUGUCUAGUUGUUGCUUUCAUAAGGUUGCAUUGGUUCUACUUCACAGGGGACUUACCGUAGUUAUUCGAUUAAAUGCCGCGGCGUUUAUCAAAUUUUUAGCGUUUCCGAUGCGGCGUUUAUUUUGAAAUCACUUUUUUUGUAAAAAAACUCACUGACAACAGUUACUGUAAAUCGUUUGUAAAUAUUAUGUAAAUAAUUGAAAGGUUUCAAUGUCUCUAAUAUUUUGUUGACAUGUGUAAAUUACCAAGUUGUAACGAGUUUUUUCUCAUUAUCCUCGCGUAAACACGGUAUUUUUCUGAUGAGGCGAGGUGUUUAUUCGAGGGCGGUGUUUAUUGGUAGUUUUGCUUCCAUCUGCAGCGUUUAAUCGAAUAAAUAUGGUAAGUGUCGAGCAAAAGAAGCAGGGCUGAUUUUACAGUCGGGAAUAUAUUUUUUGUUACCAAUAUUUCUACAGGCACGACCUUCGGACUUAAGUGGCUGCUUCUACGAGAGUCCAUUUGCUAAUGAUGGCCGUUUUCUUUGUAGUGGAUGGCAAUUGGUCGCCCUGGAGUCAGUGGAGUGGUUGCGGAGCUGGACUGUGUGGUGGAAAUAAGAAAGUUCGAACCAGAUCUUGCACAAACCCCAACCCGUCUGGUGGUGGAAAAACGUGCAUUGGACAGUCAUUUGAAGAAGGAACCUGUCAAAGUGCGAUUUAAAUUUAAUCAUGAAUUAAAAACUUAGGCUGAAUAAAGAAAUAUUUUCUUGGGAUUUUGAAUUUCAAAGGCCUGCGAAGCAUCAGUAUUUCGCGCUCUACUCCGUGUAUUAUUCUGUGCUUCUAAAAGUACAAAGUUAAACAAAUUGUUUCCUAGAGGCAAGUGACAAAUUUACACCAGAUUUUUGCUUCAACUCAGUGGUAUUUUUUGACCGUCAAUGCAUAUUUGUGUCCUUUGAAUGAUAUACUAUCGCCGUUCCCUGGCCAGUUUCAUAAACGAAAAAAAUCUUCUUGAUCUGGAAACCAAGUUCAAAGUCCUUUUCUGACCUAAUAUCCAUCAUAAAUUUCAGCAGAUGUAAUUUUUUCCUUUGCCUCAAUGUUGUUUUAGUUGAUGGUGGUUGGGGUGCCUGGGGAAGUUGGACUCCCUGUAGUAAGACGUGUGGUGGUGCCACAGUGACAAGAGAGAGAAAAUGUGAUAACCCAGCACCUCAGAAUGGAGGAAAACCAUGUGAUUCAAAGGACGCCAAGGAGACCAAAAACGACUGUAAUCAACCUUGCGAAAGUAGGUUGCUAUAAACUGAAACAAAAAAGGGGGUUUUAAGAGCACCUAAGAAGACUGACUUUGAAAUUUAUCGGUCCACGUGCUCAAAGCGGAUGCCAAAUAUCGAUGUAGCCAUGGCAGGAAGCAUGUCAGAGAGACGCUUGAUUGCUUAAGGCAGCAAUGGAAUUCCAAUCGUAGUUAGUUUCAAAAGGAAUGAUUUGCACUCACUUCGCAAUAAAGGACAUGCGUUAAAGAAAAAACUUACGGCUAUCAAUGCAUUAGCUAUUGGCACACCUAAAAUCUGGAACACGUUCACGAACACUCUCAAAAGUCUUCGGAAAGGUGCUUCAAUUAUAGCGUUUUGAAUCUCUGAAAUCUUACCUUUUAAAUCAACUUCCCAGAACUUAAUCUGUUUUUCCCUCUUCGUUAUGUUUUUAUGAAAGUAUUUUAAAGUGCCAAGAAAUGUAGGGGCUAUUAGCGCAUGAUUAUUAUUUUUGUAAGGAUUAGAAGUCACAUUGUUAAUUUUAGCAGCCAUACUACGCUGUUGAAUUCGGAAAAGGCUGUCCACUGGGGAAUUUCUGAUCAUAUACCAGUGUGCAUGCCUAAUUUACUGUCACAAUAGUGAAAUACGUAAUACUAUAUCAAUGUUAGUAAGGGUGGCAAUAUUCUUUCCUUCCCAGCUGGUCCGGUCAAUGGCCAGUGGUCAGACUGGUCAGACUGGUCUGCCUGUGCAAAGUCAUGUGGAGGAAGCAAAGUGACUCGCACAAGGAGUUGCAACAAUCCUCGUCCCCAGAGGGGUGGAGAGGAAUGUCCAGGAAAGGAUACAGACACUUCAUUUGACUGUGAAUCUCCUUGCCCGGGUAAGUCAUUAUGUUGUAUAUAAUGUUAUAACUCAAAUCUUUCCUGCAAAUUUCUUUUUCUUAAAGUAUAGUGUCGGUUUAUUUACAAAAAAAGAACAACUUCCUGAAAAUUAAUUAAAUUAACACUGGUUUCCAGAUCCAUCUUUUUUCUUUCACAUUUUCAUCGAUGAGAACAUAUAUUUUGAGUUAUGUACAUCCACCGCAAAGUAUUGUUAUACUUUAAUAACUUACGCUGAAAGCCAGGACAUCCCUGGUAUUUUACUUUUUAUAGAUUUUGAGAAAGCCUUCGAUACUUUGGAAUGGAACUUUAUUGAAAAAACUCUCCGCUAUUAUAACUUUGGUGACUCUUUGAUUACCUGGGUUAAAUUAUUCUAUAAUGAUAUAAGCAGCUGCAUUCAAAAUAACGGUUGGUCUUCCGCCUUUUUCAAUCUUACUAGAGGUGUCAGACAAGGUUGUCCUUUAUCCCCGUAUUUAUUCAUUUUAUGUGUUGAAAUACUAGGAAAUGCCAUAAGAAACCACGAUCAAAUCAAAGGCAUUUGUGUUUUAGGCACAGAAUGUAAACUAAGUCAAUACGCAGAUGAUACAACCUUGAUCCUAGAUGGCUCAGACAACUCAGUUCACCAGUCUUUUAGUCUUUUAGAUUCUUUCGCAACUAUCUCUGGCUUACGAAUCAAUUACGAAAAAACAGAGGCUCUUUGGAUUGGCUCUUCGCGUUUGCAAAGAAGAGUAAUCCCGGGUUUUCAACAUAUUAUGUGGCCUGUUAAUAAAGUUAAAGCCUUAGGGGUCUGGUUCUCUACAACUAAAGGCGAAUCUCUAACACUGAACUAUGAAGAAAGAAAGGAAAAGAUUUGUAGGUUAGUUGAUAUUUGGCAAUUCAGAAGAUUAACCCUUCUUGGGAAAAUAACGGUCAUUAAGAGUUUGCUUGCUUCGCAGCUAGUUUACAUCUUGUCCCCUCUACCAUCGGCGCAUCAUGAACUUAAAGAAAUAAAAGAUGUUUUCUUUAAGUUCUUAUGGGAUGGCAAACAAGAUAAGGUCAAAAGAACAGAAAUAAUCAAUGACUUUACCGAAGGUGGCCUCAAAAUGCUAGAUUUACAAAGUUUCAAUCGUGCUCUUAAAGCGAAAUGGAUUCAACGAUAUCUAGAUCCUCAUAACAGAGGAAAAUGGAAGCUGUUUGUAGAGUUCUCCCUAAUAAGUCACGACAUUAACCUUCUUUUGCAAGGUAACCUUAAUUCGGAUGAUGUUGCCUCCCUGGGAAUAGAAGACCCCUUUACUAAAGAACUUAUUGAAACGUGGUCACUUCUGAAUUUUAAAAAACAACUUUCCAACUUCGGCGAAACACCAAUUUGGUACAACUCUCUUAUACGUAUUGACAACAAGCCUAUCCACUAUCGUAACUGGUCCACGGCAGGUAUUUAUUUCGUAAAUGACCUUUUGGAAGAGGAUUCACAAUUUUUAACGUUUGAUACUUUCAGGGAAAAGUUUGCGAUAAAAGCUCACUUUCUACAGUACCACGGAGUGAUAUGUGCCAUCUCGAAUAUAAAACGUAAAAACCAUUGUCCACAAAUGAACGGUGCUAAAACCGACACCAGAAGCCUAUUAUCCUCUGAAGCUUUCUGUAAAUUAGCUUACAAAUCUUUUCUAACUCAAACCGCCUCUAUCCCUUGUAAAAGUCAGGAAAAAUGGCUGACAGACUGCAACUUUUGUGAUUUUGACACGAUUGAUUGGGGUAAGUCGUACACCCUGGCAUUUCUAUGUACCUACGAAUCUAAACUACGUGACAUAUUUCAAUUUAAACUUUUGCACAGAAAAUUGGCAACGAACUAUUUUCUUUUUAAAAUUGGAAUCACAUCUGGUGAUCAAUGCAGUUUCUGCAAAGAAAGCUUGGAAAUUCUAUUGCACCUCUUUUAGGCAUGCCCUUUUGAUAAAUCCUUUUGGAAUGAAAUUAGUAACUGGAUGAAAAAAAGCUCUUGCUUUCUUAACGAAGAAUUCUCCUUUUUGACUUGCAUAGGCCUCGUGAACGAUACUACAAACCUGCUUUUCCAUCAUGCACUUUUAAUCGCGAGGUAUCACAUCUAUUUCUCCAACCAAAAAGGUUUUAACCCUUCAUGGGAACUCUUUUUUCGAACCUUUCUAAAUUGUCUUGAUUAUGAAAGACGUUAUGCAAUUAAAACUGGGACUUUAAGAAAUUUCAAUGCAAAAUGGGGAGCGUUUAUCCAGGAAAAUGAUCUUUAGUCUUAUUUCCUUUGUCGAGAUGUACGGAGAACAGCAAUCGCGCUAACUCUCUAGAGGCUCUUUCAGGACGUUUCUAGGCGGAUAAUCAGUAAUCGUGCGUGGUGCGUGUGUGUGCGUGUGUGGGUGUGCGCGUGAGUAUGCAAAAACUACUUAAGUAACUUUCGCUACUCUGUAUUAUAUAUCUGGACUGUUAAGUAAUUACUGUAUAGUAGCAAUGUAAUCAUGUAUCUAUAUGCUUUAUAUGUAAGUAAUGUAAAUAAGUGACGCAAAUAAAUAAAUUAAUUAAUUAAAAAAAAAAAAAAAAAAAAAAAAAAAAAAAAAAAAAAAAGUAUUGUUAUACUUUGUGACGAAUUUUCCACGUAUUCCUGUCUGUAGUUACCUUACUAUUUAGGGCCUGCAAACGUAAAUGUAUGGCCUACUUAAAACUCUGGGUUACAUUCUCUUUCAAUUUUAUAAAUGUUCUUCUCUAAGGCAAUAUGUUUUUGAGUCGUUACUUUACUUUUAGUUGAAGGAAAAUGGGGCCAAUGGGAGUCUUGGACAGUGUGUAGUGCAACAUGUGGACCUGGAACAAAGGUUAGAACACGCGAGUGUGAUAGCCCUGCGCCAAAACAUGGUGGAGAAUGCACGGGUAACGGGCAGGAGACAGCACCUUGUACAAUAAGACCUUGUCCUAUAAGUAAGUAUAAUCAGGGUAACAGCAGAGGGAGUCAGUCUGGGAAAUGUUGAGACCACCUUGGUAAUCUCGAGAAAAUGGAGGCUAUGACAAUGAAAACACGAGAUUUUGUAUCUGAUGAAACUUGAUAAUCAGCCCAUAUAAAUUAACACAUAUUACGUAAAUCAUUUUAUGGUCAUAGUCUGGUAUCUGAUGCGGCGAAGUGUUUUGAAACGUGGCUGGUGGGGGCUCAACUUCCAUUCAGCCGUACGCAUACCCCUACUCCGAUGUUCCAAAAUACCCAUUGCGUCGUUCGUUGGCUCAAACAAACCCCUUGGUGUCUAAUGUGUCCGUAAUCGAUUUCGGACAAGGCAUCAGUCAGCGUAGUUCUUAGGUCGUCUAAGGGCAGAAAUGUGCUCUCUGAAGUCGCCCAUGUCACAGGUAUUGUCAAAUACAUCCGUAGAAGUGUUUGUCGGCACCAAAACGUGGGGAAAUUCUCCCUCCCCCCACAAAAAAAAAUUGUGUGGGGGAAGGGGGGAGAGCCGCCGCCUAUGGGUCUGAGAAACAUCUUGAAUCAACUAUCUUUUAUUUACAUUAAAAUGUACACGUAGAAGUUGUAAUUUUCGUUUCAUAAUUAGGGAUCGCUGUUUUUUUUUUUAAAAUUCCUGGAAAAAUGUAGUAUGUACCACCAUUUGUAAGCGAGAAUCUUUCAUUCUGACCUGUACUCAUUUAACGUUCUGGAAAAGUCGCCAGAGUAGAUUUUUGCAGGAGCCCAUAAUCCGACCGGUAGUGAUCAACUCCCAUACUAGGCCUAUAUAACCUGAGAUCAGGCUCUAUUUUCGUUUCGCUUUGUAAAUAACAUUCCGGCGGGCAUGGCGAAACGAAAAGAGAGCCUGAUACAAACCUUCUACGAAACGUCUGCCGCCCACUUUUUUGAUUGAUUGACAUUUGCCGAAUCAGCGAACCAAAAUUACUUCCGUUGCUUGUUUUUCUAGUAUGCAAAUUUUUCACGCGUGAGGAAAAUGCAGACUGGCUGACUAAGAUUAAGGUGGCUCCCUAGAGUAUUUACUAAUAACCCUAGCUGUCUAACAUACGUUACACAACGAAAUCUAGUGACUUUGUCUUUGCGAUUUUGUUCACGAGAUUCACCGCUAAGGUUACCCAUAUAAGAAAGCUCCUUUAUCAAGUUUCAUUUUCUGGAUUAAGGCCGUUACCAUGGCAACAUCGCAUCCUUAAUCAGGCAGUAAUUUUGUCAUUUUUGAUCAUUUUUUCUUAAUAUUUCUUAUUUCCCUCGGUGAAAUGUCUUUAAACUUUGCCACUUUAUAUUAACGAUAUUGCUUAACAUUUUAAAGUGGAAAAAACAUGGGGUCGUGAAGACGGUUUUGCCAAUAUUUUGAAAUUUGUAAUUUUUCUUAAUGGAGGAAUUUAGCUCUUACAGAUUUUAACAAGCUCUUACAGAUUUUACCAAGAAUGUUUGCCGAUGACACCAACCUUACGUUAUCUGCUAAGACGUUAACAGAGCUUAAGCUAGCUCUAACCCCUGAAUUAAAUAACCUUAGCUGUUGGCUGAAAGCUAACAAGCUCAGUCUAAAUGUUGCUAAAACAGAGCUAAUGAUUAUUGGAUCAAGACAAAGACUAUCUGCCCAAUGUGACGAUGUAGAAAUCAGAAUUGAUGACCAAAUUAUUAAGAGAGUCGAUCAUACCAAAUCCUUGGGUCUUACCAUAGAUGCUCAACUCUCUUGGGGUAAACACGUUGAAGAGAUUUGCAAGAAAGUCUCUUCAGCUAUAGGCGCCCUAAAACAUGUGCGGCCCUUUAUAUCCAAAGAAACUGCAAUUCAAAUUUAUAACGCUUUAAUUAUGCCUCAUUUUGAUUACUGCAGCCCCGUCUGGGACUGUUUGAGUGGUUACUUGAGUGAUAAGCUCCAAAAAUUACAGAAUCGUGCAGCCAGAGUUAUUACUAAAUCACCCUUUGAUACGAGCUCAAACCACCUUCUCUCCACCCUCAGCUGGGAGAGGCUAUCUCUUCGACGAAAGAAACAAAAAGCCGUAAUGAUGUAUAAAACCAUGAAUGACCUUGCUCCAGAAUAUCUGCAAAGUCUUUUCUCUCAGCGUCACUCUGCUUACAAUUUAAGAAACUCUGAGGGAAGGCUGACCUUGUCCAAACCAAGCACCAAUUAUUUGAAACGAAGCUUCUCUUACAGCGGGGCCACGUUAUGGAAUAACUUGCCCAAAAACUUAAAAAACGCUGCAUCCGUUGAGCAUUUUAAGCGAAAUAUCAAGAAGGUAGCUGAUAUAUCGGAUUCCCACACGGCAAUCAUGUAAAGCAGUUGUAAUUAGUUUUAGUUUUUAACUUAAGCUUAACUGAUGAUUUCCCGUGUUUAAAUAAAGAUUUACAUACAUACAUACAUACAUACAAAAAUAGGACAGUACAAAGGUACUGCAAAUGUUAAGAAAUGAGGCUAUUUUUAAAAAAAUUUACCGAAGGAAACGCGAGAAAUUCACGGUUAAUUAACUAAGUUGACGUCACAAAAAUCCGAAAAACACGCGUGGCUCGGGGUCGUUUGCGCAAAAUACGCGCGCGAGCCAUCACGCCCGCAUGCGCAUAAUGCACAAAGCUACUGAAAACAUGUGGUUUCUUUGAAGAGUACGAAAGCCAUUGUUUUGAAGAAGUUUUUUAGCAUUAUUACGGUGAUAUCUCGCCAGUUGAAAAAGGAUAGAUAGCGGAUUCAAUUUUAUACCUAACACAGGAUGUUUUCUUCGAAGUACUUGACUAUUGUAGCUAAAAUUCGAACAGUGGUGGUCACUCGUGGGGAUGGCGAUCGUCGGCGAUGAAGACGGUGGUGGUGCAAGGAUCUCAAUAAGCCCUUCAUUUCCUAAUCUGCUGUGCACUGUUUGCAGAUCUUCAAAUGUCAGCCCACUUCCGGAUACUUUUUCAACCUUGUUCUUCUUUAGGGAUAAUUUCGACGGCGAAGUUUUUCUUUAAAAGUCUGCUGUAAAUUAUAAAAGAUGGCGUCGAUCUAUAAAUCGUACAUCAUGUCCUCAGCUACAUGUACAAGACCGUAGGUCUCGACGGACAACUAUUGCUUUCGUCAAGGCUCAAUCUGUGAGUAAAAAUUAUUUCUCUUUGUGCAAAAACAUUGUCCAUUUACUUCGACUAUUUAACGUUUGUCUACUUUUUAAGCGAAAGAAUUGAUGUCUUUGGAAAAUUUCUGCUUUUAAUUUGUUUUUACAUACAAUUUACUCUUUUGGAGAUCAGUAGUGACUUCUAACCGGUGUAACAUGGUCUCCUCUCAUAAAUGUUUGACGUACACUAAUCAAACUUUUUGCACAAUGAGCUUCAAUAGAAAGUUAAUAAAGUUUUUUGAAGGGAAUAUUUCGAAACUGAGAGGCCAUGUUUGUUUUAAUUUUUGCGUGAACGUCGCGCGGAUUUUAAAGCUCGCGCCAUACUAGUGCUCAGGCUGCGCACGGCCAAUUUACUCUAGGGAGCCACCUUAAGGGAGAUCUCGAAGGUUAUUUCUGUUGGCGUAGAUGGUAAAAAGUUUUCGAAAAGACGGCGACACGAUGUUCUACUAGUUUCAUUAUUUUGGCUAGGCGCGCUCGAAUUUAAAAUACUGAAAUUUCUAUUUUUCCGUUGUCUUAGCUUCAUAUCAGUUUCCUCGGCAAUUUCCCCCGAUUUUCAGUACAUAAAUCUUUAAAAGCAAAAGCAAACAGCCAACGAGCGAGGACACCAGUUUUCCUGGUUUAUUUUUUACAAAAAGCGAAGGCAAACAACCAGUCUGUUAACACUGAAAAUUCCUUGAACAGCGAUGCGAUAUUUUUCCUCUAAUACUUCACAGUUGGCGAUUGAGGUUUCUUUGGCAGUGAGCCUCCGCUUGCCUACCCCGUUCAGAGAAGUCAUUCCCGGCUAAACUUUCAAAUGAAACCAGUUUUAAGAUGGACAAUAUUUUGAUUUGCACCCGUUUGCUGGUAAAUCAACAACUUGCAGAGGGAUUCAACUCCGCGAUACACUCACUUUCCGUAAAUAAAGCAAAUCCUGAGAAGAUAUGAACAACCAUAUGAAUUUUCUGAAUUUCCAUGGCACAUAUUAAGGCAUAUUUUCCUACCAUAACACCAUAAAACAAUAAAAAAGACAGCAAAAUCGAUCCUUCUCUCCGCCGACGACGGAUCAUUCACGAAAACAACCUGGCGAGGAAUAAGCGCUUUCAACUUUCGGCGUUUCCGACAGCCAAUCAGACCUUGUGGCAUUGUUCUAACAGCCAAUCAGCGUUACGGCCAAAAUCUGGCCGUAACGAGCACAAACGUGAAUGAGUUUGGAUCAGGCCCAAUUUUAGCUGGUAGCCGUUAGAGAGAAUGUAUGAGAACCGCUCAAAUUGGGCCUGAUCUCAGGUUAAGGCCUAUAGGCCUGUCACGGGGUUUUCAAUUUUAGAUUCCAUACUUUAAAAUUAGAGCAGUAAACUGAUCCUUACGGCAGGAAGAGGAAAAAUUAAAAAGAAAACAAAAACAAAAUGGUGAAUUCUAUAAUAAUAUCAUUAUAAUAUAUAAUAAUUAUUUUCUUUCCUAUCACUCUUCCUGCUGUAAGGAUCAGUUUACUGCUCUAAUUUUAAAAUUUUACUGAUCCAGGUCUACUAAAGAGGCGGCUGACCCUUCACAAGUGUUUUUUUUAUUUUUCCAUACAUUUUAGAGCACUUUUUCUCACGAAACUGGAAGCUCCUCUCCGUUCAUGAGUACAUUAUAGAUAAAAGAUGUGGUUAAAAGGUCAAAAAUACCAUUUUCAGGGUUUUGGUUUUCUCACUGGUUUGUGGGACCUGUAAGAUAUUCUAAAUUCGCGCCAAAAAUCGUUAAAAAAAAUAAUAAACUGGUUAGUGAAAACGCCGUGACACGAGUACAUGGAAGUUUCUCGCUACGAGUUAUGGGCUCCUGGUAUUUGUGAACGGUUUACAGAGUUAAACACCUACUUUCAUUUUUCCAUUAAGCAGUCCUUAGAAUAAGUUUGGAUGACAUCGACGUAAGGAGUUCUUAUACUAAAAUCGUGAUACAUCUUCGCUUACAGAUGUAGUAAAUGGAGCUUGGGGUCAGUGGGGUCCCUGGAGCGCAUGCUCCGAAACAGAAUUCUGCAACAGAGGAGCCCAAAUUCGCACUCGUUUGUGUGACAGUCCCGCCCCUCAAGACGGUGGAGAACUUUGCCCAGGGACUGGGUCCGAAAGCCAGGAAUGUCCAAAAACAAAUUGCAAAGGUACGCAUUUUUUCUCUCAAUAUUUGAAAUUUUCCUACGUACGUAUCAAGAAAUGGUCUAUUUUACCAGCUUCAGGGUUCUAAAAAGCCUCCGUGCAGAUAUACACGGUGUGGUUUAGAAUAAUUUUUUUGUUUGUUUUCAUUUUAAUACGUUUUAUAACUAUGUCAUCUGGCACUUGCAACAAAUUCACACACUCCUGGUUGCAGCUAACUGACAUUACACGCAGGAUCAGCUUUAUUGUCUUUUUCUCAGGAAAUUUUCCUUUUCUUUCAGAAAUCCCAGAAAACUUGGACCCUACAAAAGUCGUUGAUCCAUACUCAUUUAUAAGUCUCAUGUGCAACUCAACUCAAGCUGAGCUGAUCAGCGAUUCACUCAACAACGAACUAGUCGCAGCUGUAUUCGUUAAUGUUCCUAAACUCGUUCCUAACUUGAUGGGUGGCUACUUCGCGAUUAAAAGUGAUUCCAAGGACCUGGAUGAGUUAUGUUUUGAACCUAAAAAUAUGCCGACCAUGGCACAGCUUGCUCAGCUUUAUCCCAGUUUUCGAUCGGCCAAGAGCAUGCCUUUCUUUACUGUUCCCGGCGACAACGAACACGUGAAAGGAGUGAAAGUCAAUUUAAGGAAAGAUAAAACCUUGAAUGGGGGUAAGUCUGCUAGAAGAAAUAAUUUACCACCAAGUAAAAGUCCCUAGGCCUGGGGAAAGAGAUUAACUUUAUGACAUUUCUCGCUUACCUUCUCUUCAAAGCAUUUAGGUGAUAUUGAUCAGAAAUUUCCUGCGUGUCCCGCCUUGAGAUUUUGAUAACUCAAAAGAUUGUUUCCACUAUAUUUGAGUAUGUUAUUGCUCUUAAAUGGUCUAGUUAAGCAUGAGUUUAUCCGUUGCCUAGAAACUCAUCAUAGCAUCAUCAUGCUUAAUCAUCAUCAUCAUCAUUAUAGUCUUCAUGUCGUCGUAAUUAUCAUAUCGCGGCCAUGGACAAGAUGACCUACUCAAUUAAUAUUCCACCACAAGUACUUGUAGGCCAUACCGACGGCAAAUUGAGAUUCCUACAUGUUCACGAGUUUCCCUGGAGGGUCUGAAAAUUUUCUCUUUCGCCUGAAAUAAGUGAGUAGCAUUCAGGUCGACCCUACAGAGAGUCAGGUGGAAGCUUUGAAAUUUAUUUAGAAACCCCAGCUGAUAACCUGGGAAACCAACCUUUCACAAUCAAAGCGUAUUAGGGACAAUUGACACAGCCUUUGUCCAAAUCCAAACGUUUUUCAAAAUCUAAAUUGUUUAAAUCCUACUAUGUAUCUUAAUGAAGUCUCUGUUUCUCAUCGUUUUUAGUUGAAUUUCUUCUUGGGUCAGCAUCUACCUACGCCCCAACAGACACAGUCUCAAUUGAAAAAGCGAUGUUUCUAUAUCAAGUGUCACCAGGCAAUGAACGCAUUGUGGCGCAUGGUUUUAACAAAAUCGGCAAUGUGCUGUUUGCAGUGUAUGCAGUCUCGGCUGGCGAGGGAGGCGAGGUAGCCAUCGAAGGCACGAGCAGUCACGUAGUGUCCUCAGGUAGUAACGUGAACAGUCACUAUAAAUAGAAUAAAAUAUAAAUCAAAUUGGUAUAUUUUAUUGAGUGACAGCGAAAGUGUUUAUUGAUAAACAUACCUUCACAGGUAGCGAAAGCCACUCAGAAAAUUUCAAGAUUCUAGAACGCAGUACCUUAUUAUUUUCAUUUAAUAUUUGGUGACAGCAGCGUAGAGGUUUUUCUUUUUUUUCCCGCAAAUUAUGGCAAAUGAGAUUUAAGUGACAGCAGCUCUCCCUCCCUUCCUUUCUUGCUUGCUUGCCUCUAUUCUUUGUUUGCUUUCUUCUUCCCUUUCUUCGUUCGUUCCUUCCUUCACUGCUUCCUUCCUUCAUUUCUCCCUUCCUUCUUUCCUUCUUUCCUUCUUUCCUUUCUUCUUCCUUCCUUCUUUCCUUACUUCCUUCCUUCUGUCCGUCCUUCCUUGCUUCCCUGCCCCCUUAAUUCCUUUCUUCUUUGCUUCCUUUCCUCCUUUCUUCCUUCUUUCCCUCCUUCCAUCCUUCCAUCCUUCCGUCCUUCCUUGCGUGCUUCCUUCCUUUCUUCUUUGCUUCCUUCCCUCCUUUCUUCCUUCUUUCCUUCCUUCUUUCCUUCCUUCCUUCCACCCUUCCUUCCUUCCUUCCCUCCUUGCUUCCGUCCUCCCUUUCUUCUUUGCUUCCUUCCUUCCUUACUUCCUUGCUCCCUGACUUCGCUGUUCUUCCCUCCUUUCUUCCUUCCUCCUUUCGUUUUUCCUCCUUUUCUCCCUUCCGUCCUUCCUUCCUUGCUUCCGUCCUCCCUUUCUUCUUUGCUUUCUUCCUUCCUUCCCUGAAUUCACUGUUUCCGAGAUGUCAUUAUCUUUUCUCUCGUCGUCGUAGAUACUCAAUUAGGCUACCUAACAUCAAUUUAGGGGUACAGGUAGCAAGGGGGACUGGACACCAUUUUUUCGGUUCUAGCAACUCUGGGAUUGUUUUAAUUACAAAUUUAUUUCAGGCAGGAUGGUUGUUUCCAUAGGCAACCAUAAGCCAAUCCCAUAUAUUUACUGUUUCCAAGACGUCAUUACCUUUUCCCAUACUUUUACUAGUCAUAAAAACCAUCACACUCUUCUUUUGUAUACAUAAGAAUCUUGUUUUGCCGUCCCAGGCUGAAUAUUCUUACUUGCCGACGUUUUAGGCUGAGUUUAUUUUUGACGUAUUAUUUUCAGACAUCACUAUUUCAUGUACUGUUUACUGACCUCAGCUGAGAACUGUUAUUAACAUUGAACAUUUGGAUUUAGUAAGUGCUACUUUUUCGUUUGUUGGCCAGUUUUGCCGUUCAGAGAAAGGAAAAAUUUUAUCAAUUAAGUUAAAAAGAUAUAAUUGUUCUUUAUUAACAGAUUUUCAACACACAAAAUUAAACCCUUUUCAAAAUCUCAGCCUCGGGUCUAUUCUUAAAAUAUUCUUAAAAUUUCGAACAUUUCAGCCUCGAUAUUGUUAUAAAAUAUAUUCUUAUAGCAAAAAAGAGUGUAUACCGUACACCGUCCUUACAAUUUCUCUUUUUUUAAUUUUAAAUUUGUUUUCGUUUAGAGGAAAUUGAGGCCGCCUUAUCGCCGCAUUCAGAUGACUACUACAUUCGUGUAGCGAGACACAUAGAUUCUAGGUUUACUUCCCAUGAAAUGUCUGUGACAAAACGUGACAAAACGCCAACGCUCCAAAGAAUUAAAGGAGAAAUGAUCCAUCGUGGUGGAAAGGUCCAUAAAUCUGUUAUGCCAAGAACAAUCAGUGCGAACAGGAAGCCACGAUAUGGACCAACGAGAAUAUACCAGCGCAACAUGAUACCUUUCACAUCAUUUAAUCCCGUACAAAGUGACAGUGAUAUAAUCUUGGAUGCUGAUGUCACAAGUGGGAACAGAAACCCUAGUGUUAUGAUUACCAGGACACUCUACGGGGGGACGGUCAAUCCGCAAAGGAGUGACUCAGUGAUGAGGAAAGUGGAUCAAAAGGUUUUGGAUUUGCUAAAGCGCUUGGGACUCGGUCUAGUUACGAUAUCAGACCUUUCCUUGAGCAUUAACGCCGACAUGAAAGACGUGAUUUUCCGAGUGAGUGGAAAAGCAGCGCCCAAAAAAAUCGGUGGAUGGUUUAAUUUUGAGAUUGUGCGCAAAAGCAUUUUUGCUGUGGCUUUUACUGCGGAACAAGCUGGGUUUGAGGACUUUACUCAAAAGAUGUUUAACACAAAACUAGGCUUGUUUAAUGCUUUGGAACAAACCACGGUGAGUCAUUUCUGCAUUUCGAUAUUUUUAGCUGCAAUUAUAAUAUGGCGGAAUCCGCGUGAGGGAAAGAUGAAGUAUAUUCCAUGUUCUGAUUGACUACCCAAGAAAGCAAGAUGUAGCCAGCUCGCCAGAUUAGAAUUUCCCGCGUUGGUCCUGCAAGAAAAUUUAUGUUUUCAGCCAUAUAACAAAUCCUUUAUUGACCAAGCUUUUUCGGUCAAGAUAUCUGGAUAUUUGCCUCUUUCGUAUUUCUGCGUUUUCAUUAGCCUGGACUUUGUCUCUCUCCAUAAAAAUUCAAGUAAUAUACCGCCAUCUUCUCCGACCGCUUGGCUAAUAAACAUCACUUCUUUGUAAUGCGACAUGAAAUUGGUUAUAGAAGUAACAAAAAUGUUCAUUAAAAAUAAUGAAAUCAUGAACAAAAGUGCCGUGUUUAGGUUGAAAUUGUCCUUUCCAAAUUGACAUUGAAAUUGAUUAAUCGCGGUAUUUGAAAAAUUAAAAUCAAAGCUGGAGAGAAAAGGAGAAGAAAACGGAUGAGGGGGAGGAUUUACAUAGGGAAGGUCUUAACUUGCGGAUCCAUCCAUUACUCCGAACUGGUAGAAAAUGUUUUGCUUGUUCUUUCUUUCAGUUUGGAAUUUCUUUCGCACAAAAAGGGUUUAAGGUUACUCCCCAGACAAAAUUCACGAAGGAGCCUUUACAAUCGCUGAUGAAAAAGGAGGUGCCGGAUGGUCUGUUCUUUGCAGCGCAGACCAAGUUCGCGGCGAAUUGUGGGAAUGAAACCGUUUGCAAGUUUGGAAAGAUUCUUAUGGGGAAGAAUUCGUGGUUGAAAUUUCAUGGUGGAAUUAACACGGCCGGUGUCAAAGUGGCAGCAGGAGUUUAUGGCAUUCCUAUAAAAGGAGAUUUAAAGUUUAACAAAGUUGAACUGUUCUUGGAGGUAACAACGUUCCUAAUGUAGUGGACCCAUAACAAUGAUGAAGGCGAUAUUUAUUAAGCAAUUCUUAAAAUAAAAUAAAAACUGGAAAGAGGACCCUAACUACUUACAGGUUCUACUACAGGCUUUAAAUGACAUUAUUAUACAUUGUACUCACUAGCUGUCUUCUCAUUGGCUAAGAGCCUACAACUAAUUUUGGAAAUCAGCGCAACCUAGUCUACAGACGCUUCAGAUUAGUUAGUUGUUUGCUAGCAGAUAGCUGACUAAUCUGUAGGUUUUGCGCGCGCAAUGCAUGAUUUCCUAUAACAAUAUCAAUUCAGGUUCCUUGCCAGCGUGUGUUUGUCGUUAUUUCCUUCAAAACAGUUUAUAAUAAAACAACUAUUAGAUUCGGUUUUUGUGAUAUCCUAAAUAAUCAAGGUCUCGGUAGGUUUUAUCAACCACGGCCUUCGGCUCGGAUGAUAACACUUACCUCGACCUUGAUUAUAACGGAUAUCACAAAAACCUCAUCCACAAAUUGUUUAGUGUCUCUGAAUUUAAAUUAAAAAGGUCAGUAGCUUUCCGUUUCCACUUUCUGUUUUCCUUUUCAUAUUCAAAAAUGAACUUUUAUAGGACCAUAACGAGUUAAAAACAAAAUUAAAGAAAGCAUGCAACAGCGUCACCGUCGUCACCAUGCAUCACCGUCAUUGUCAUUCUCUAAAAUGCCUGUCGUUCGUCACAUAGAAAUCAACGUAACGUAGAUCAAUGAGACGUUGUCCGGUGGUAGGUAACAAAAAUAUUUGCUGUUAUAGCUAUAGUUUUAUUCAUGCAGGUUAAAUAUGGCAGUGCUUCUGCAGUUCCUAAUCUCGGGUUCGCGGUGGAGUUAGACGUACCUGUUAAAGGAGAGGUGAAUGAAAAAGAGGAGGAAGUUCCAAGCACGUCUCUGCAGCUUGGAGGCAAACUAUUCGUUACUGGCGGAGCUGAGAUAGGCACAACAUUAUAUAUGAAUGGAAUGUGGAAAAAGGCAUUUGGUUUAAAAUAUCUUAGUAUUGGAAACAUACAAAUUGGGUGAGGACCUGACUAUCGCUGUUUUUGUUUAUUCCAUAAAACUUUUAAAUGCCAUCCCUCCCACACUUCAGAAGACAUACGAAAACCUCAUGCAGGUUUGUGGUUGUAAAAGGAUAGACUGCCUGAUUAUAUCAUGGGCUAUAGGAAUCAUGGGUUUCGACUAAAGAAAGGUUAUUUUCGAGUUCGGAAUCAAAACAAUGCGUGUUUCCAGGCGUUUCUACAAUUAAAGAAAGACACGGGCAGAAUUGACCAGAAAUGACAAAAGACUAGUACAAUCAUAAUUUAACUUUAUGGCACAAACAUUUAGCCUUAGCUUUACUUAGUCGAAACUCAUGUUUCCUAUAGCCCAUGAUUAUAAAAUACUACUAAGCCUGACAUAAGUAUGUUUCGUCUCUGCCAAAUGACUCAUCAAGGCGGGCAAAAGAGAUUUUUUGUUGAAAGGUGGUAUCGAGGUUCAAUCAUCAUUACUAGGCAAAAUACAUACUAAAUUUGUCACUAUUUUGAAAUAAGGUGAUUGUCCUAACACAAAUUUACUAAAUUCACAAAUCACUUAUUAGCGCAGAAAAAUUAAAAGCGCCUGCGAAAAUAAUCGUAACGUGUUUUGUUUAGGAAAUUUUGAUUUUCUAACUUCUCAUUAUUAGAACACAGUGGGAGAUUUUAAUAGCCAGUCUCACAGCGUAGCAAUCAAAUCCAAAAUUGACUUGGGACGCAUAUAUAAAUUAACUGAGAACGCGCAGGCCUUAGAGUGCGAAACUUAUAUACUUCUCCAUUUCUUAGGUUCACAGUAACAUUAGCUGCUGGUGUUCCCACUGAAUUCACGUUUAACGGCCGCUUAGAGAUUGGACACGACUGUGGGGCGGACGACUUUAAAGUUGAGGGUCGUUGUUUUGCUGGAGAAGCCUUAGUAGGAAUAAGCGCUAAUCCUGCUAAGCAGUAUGUCUAUGGCGAGCUUUCACCAGUCACGAUAGGAAAAAUAUUGCGAAUGCUCGGCUCUAAACUUCAGUUACCACCAGCUGUGGAGCAGAGUGGAUUUCCGAAAGGACUGACUGUAAGUAUAUGAAAAUAUCACCAUGCAAAAAGGUUUUUCCCCGGACAGCUACAUCCCUAAAUGCGCUUUUUUUUUCUCUUAUAAGUCUAGAAGCAGUAAAGAAGUUCAGCUAAAAGAAAAAUGUAGUUAGCAUGCAUUAUAGAUAAGGAAUUCAGAAAAAUAUAUCCAAUAUAUGUUUUUUGCCGUCAGUAAGCUCGAUUACAUGCUCCACAUGUCAUUUUUGCUAUCAACAGAUUUCUGCGUCUUGGGCCAAUCAAAAAGUCCCUUAUGCUGGUGCAACAAAAGACAUCAAGAAAGGCGUGUAUAUUAAGGGCACCAUCAACAUCCUAGGAUUUGCACCUUCAGUGGAAAUUCUACUGAGUGACGAGGUAGGACCGGCUGACAGAAUGCACGAUGUCAUGACAAAGUGUAAAAAAAAAUUAAUAAAUAGGAAUAAAAGUGGAGGAAAUACAAGAUAUUAAGCCUUCAGUUGCGUCCAUUUUGAUAUCAAUGAUUGUUUUCCCGGAUUUCUUUAGUUGUCAUUAAAUAGUACGUUAACUCGUGUGUAAACAGUGUGUAAAACCCUGCUGAGAAGGAUAGAAUCGAGAUUUUCUUUUUAGUGAAUUGUUAUUUUUGCUCAAGCAAAAAAAGUGAAAAGAGGACAUUUUGUCGGGAUAGAGGUAACAACUAUCACCAUUUCGAGUAGUGAGCUUGGACGAAGAAAUAGCUUGAUUACCCGAAGAAUUAGAAUCUAUAUUGUAAAGGUAAGGUCGUUAUCUUACGACGCAAACUUAAGGUCGUUAUCUUACGACGCAAACUUACAUGACACUACAGAUAUGACCUGAAAAAUACCGGCCACACUUUCCUUCUACCGAACUAUGGUGAGACAGUGUGGAGAGAAAGGCCAUACGUGUACUAUAGUCUCAACGGGAUAAUAUUAUGUUUUACAAAUAUUUGCGGUUUCAUGCAUAUAUACAUAGCCUCUUUUGCAGGAUGCUUUAGGCUGAGCACUUAAGGACAUAGACAGCACGAACUGGGCAUGGGACUAGUGAGGGUGGAAAUUUCUUACCUAUCAUAUCCAUAAAUAUAGCCGCCUUCGAGGAAGGCUAGUUUACUGGAAGUACUGUCAAAAGCAUUCAUUGACUUUCUCAUGCACUUACCUAUUGAUUCCUUUUUUAUGAUCUUCCAGAAAAUACACUUUGAUCUGGAGCUAGACCCUGUCAAGCUACUGGGAGGUGUAGAAGUGUUUCGUUCAUUGACGGACAAGAAAAAGGGUCCCAAGUUUUACCUUCAUGCCAAAAGAAACCCUCUUGAAGCGGAAGUAAGAAAACUUUGGCUUGCUAAAACUUAAUAUACUUUGGGGAUGUCUUAACCCCAGUGAACGUCUGGCAGUGAAGUGCAACAUAUUUUGCCUUUCAUCUUUAUAUUACAUGGCUUUAACGAUAGUAGAAGACUUAGACGUCUGAAGUGAGUCGAGGAGACGUCUUUAGAUCCAAUCGCUUAAUUAAAUAAUCUAACGUUUGAUGCGCAUUGGACGAUAACGAUUUCUUUGACUGCCCCUAGAAUAAAUAAAGCCGUUUAUCUAUAUUGCAGGGGAAAAGAUAUUAAGGAAAGGCAAUUAAACUAUGGAGUCUGGAAUGGGGCCGUCCUGAUCCUGUAUUCGCGCUCCUUUUCACGACAAUUGCGCUUCCCGAACUUCUCUAAUUAUAGCUAUCCCAAAUACCGUUUCCCUUCCAAAUACCGAUUUUGGCGAAUCCUGCUUCCCGGCUAGCGGUCGAAUCCCGUACACCGUCAAGAAAUGUUGCGUUUUCCCGAUUUCCGCACUAGAUUUCGGUGAAAUCCCGGAUUCCUAGAAUACACUUCCAGGGCACCGUUUCUCAAAAGUCUCGGUAAUCAAAUAUUCAAAUCAAAAUCUAAAGACCAUAAGCGUUGGUUCUAGCAAACGAACCCAUCCAUUUUGUUUUGUUAAUUGAUAGUUUCAUCAUGUUAUCUUGAAAACUAUUGAAACCGCUAUCUUGAAUGUAAACAGCAACACGGGACUUUUGAGAAAUGGGUCCCGGUCCCUGAAACCACGCCUUUAAAUCUAAUUACCUUUGUUGCUAGAUAUUCAUCCAAGGAGCUGCAAACAUCUUUGGGUUUGAGACUGGAAUCAGCUUCAAGCUGACAAACGAACGUAUAGAAACCGAUCUAAAUCUCAACCUGUUCAACGUUUUUAAAGCACAAGUAUGGAUCUCAGCAGGCUACGGAAACCCGUUUGCCGAGACAGGAUUCCAAGCCAAGUUUAUCAUCGAAACUGGCUUUGAAGAACUAUCAAACAAGACCGCGCAGCUGCUCAUUAAUGGCCUUCAAGCAGCAAGAAAAGCUUUGGAAAGAGCAAGGGCCACAGUAAAAGACGCUAAGGUAGCCUGUGAAAGGAACGCUAAUAACGUUUGCGAUAUCUGUGAGAAAAUUGCCUGUGAACAAAUCUCAGAGGAAUGUAAACGUGCCAUGGAUGAUUUUAAACAUUUCAUCGGUAAAAAAGUGGACAAGUUUGGUAAGUGCAGCUUUCAAGGUCUUUGGAAAAUAGAGAUCAAGAGUUUUGCCAAACUAAGGCAUAUGAACAUCCCACCAUUGACUCCAACAAGCCAAAGAAGCAUUAAUUUACAUCGCCGAAAAGUUUUAUAUUCAGUUGGUCUUUAGGCCUUCCGCGACAUUGUUAAGGACAUAAUAUGCAUGGUGACGUAACAGCAGGUACAAAUUACGUCAUGCCUCCAAAAUUGUCGUUAUCUUAGUUUCUUCAUGUAGUUCUUCUUUACAGUCAGAAAAGCACCAAUAUUGUUCUAUUAUUUGGUGAAUUAAUAGAAUUGCCCAGUGUAUCUUCAGUGAAGAGAGUGGGUGGGGGUUGGGGGAUUGGUUAAUCCGCGACUACCAACUUCUUUCAUUCUAUACCUGUAAUACUAUGAUUAUAUACUGCAUUCUAUUGUAGGAAGAAAAAUACGAAGUAUUGGAGAUAAAUUCAAAACAGGCUUUACAAAGCAAAGAACCAAACGCUACAUGGAUCUGUUGGUAACUGGAAUGAACUGUCACCAUGGUAACAAGUACUCCAACUUUAAAAGUAGUUGCGGCAGCCAUCAUCAUAGAAACGGCUCUUCAUUACGGACGGUUAGACGCAAGAGGUUUGUUGGUAAACUAUUGUGCGAGAAACUGGCAGAGAAGGCUUGUACAAUAACUGCUGACUUGUGUAAAGGUAAGGUCUGCUCCACUCAUCUAUACCCCAUUGACUCCACGUUUAAAAUACAGUUAGAUAGUAAUUAGUCAGACAUGGGACUUAAAAAAAACUGAAUGAUCGAGAGUGACACCAUUUUUUAUGUAAAUCUGGGUUUGUUUGUGAGUCAUCGUUUGCUACGUUGCAAGUUGUUGUAAAAUCAGCAGAGGUUAUGCGCUUUUGUUAGCAUCUGCGUAACCUGAGAACACAGCCAAAAUUUCGCGAUGCCACUGCUGGUUUCCCGGCGAAAUGACGUCUGAGAAUAGGACUUUACGACACGACUACUGCGGAUUGCAGGGAAAACGUCGCUUAAAAAAAGAUAAUUUACGUCCUUCCAGUCUUUAUCACGAUUACUCCCACCCAUUUACUUCAUAAAAAGUAGGCGAACUUUCCUGGAGUUGAAUUCCUAGGAUCAAGUUCAGAAAAGAGAAAUAAAAUUUCGUCGUGCCUAGUUUACGUCCUCCAUAAAAUGUAAAAUUAGGCAACUUCUCUUCGUAGUCGUGCAAAAAAAUGUACAAAAAAAGUGUUGUUGUUUUGCCUUCUAAACCUUGCCAUUGCGUCGUCGGAUUUUAAAGUCCCUAUUUAAAUACUGAAGACGCGUGUUUUCCAGUAUCUGGGUAGUUCUUCUGAUUGGUUGAAAGUUGGAACCUUGCUUUAUCCAAUCACUAUCAAGAUCUUACGUUUUGUACCACCCGAUACAUGGUAAAACAAGACCUGAUGGAAGUAAAAUUCUAUUCCACGAAUAUGCUGCUAAAGCUAAUCAAUCCAGAAAAUCUCCCCAUACCUCACCAAAUUCGUAUUUUGGCACAGGACCGCAAAGCUUGGAAGCGCAUGGAGGUCGACUGUUGGCACCACUGGGAAUCCCCAUCAGUGCCUCCGCCGCGCAGAGAGAGUAUUAAUUAUAUUCUAAUCACACUGAAACGAUUAUAAAAUAUUUUGUAACUAAUCUAAAUAAUCACAAAACACAGAAUAGGAGCGGGCAUCUCGUUUAUUGAUCAAGCGAGCGUAAAGCGUUACAAAAACAGCAUUUCAUGAUUAGUUUUACAAACUCAGAGAAAAUUACAACAGUAAAUAAAAUAAAAAACUAGGGUUGAAAAAGAUGCCUCGAAUGGCUCUUGCAUAACUUAACAAACCUUAAAUAGUGUACUAGCCCCUUGGGACACCUUACAAGCACGCCUUAAAUACUUCAGCAGUAUUAUGCAACCUAAUAUACAUACUCUUGUGAAACUAACAAAACGUUACAAAAUAUAUUUAUAUUCUAAUCACACUGAAACGAUUAUAAAAUAUUUUGUAACUAAUCUAAAUAAUCACAAAACACAGAAUAGGAGCGGGCAUCUCGUUUAUUGAUGCCCGCGUUCGAAAAAAAAAGAAAGAGAAAUGGCAAACUAAAUAUGUAAACUUUUAGACACUGAGAGAAGAGAAUCUAGUUUGUCCUUAAUAUAACCGUCUUUAGCUUGAUCCGUUUUCCACCUUCCAUGACGCUUAAAAAGCCGAUCGCUAACGCCUGCGUUAGCGGCCGCGGAAGCACCUCCCGCCCUUAAACUAUGUAAACCAAAUAAAUUCUUCGGAUAACCUACUUCAACAAACGCUUGUAAAACUAUUUCUCUCGUUCUAGAGUAACUCAUACCCGUACUACGCAAACUAUAAGUAGAGGUUGCCUUAUGAAAAUACAAAGAGCGAAAAAAGGGUAACGAAGACGACAAAUCUAAAUUAGCAGCCGAAACAUAUCUGCGAAGCAGAUUGAAGGGGCAAGAAACGUACCCUGUUUUUGCCAACAAGACGUAGGCAGCAUCCCUAUAAACAUCCGUUUUACUUUUGUAAACGUAAAUCUUGACAAAAGAAUCGCAAAAACUAACAUCGCAACAGCGUAGGCUAGCUAACUCAUUAUAGCGGAGAAAAGCGGUAUACGCGGUUACGCAAAUGGUUGCUAAACGAAGAUCAGAAAGAUUAGCAUUAGGACCGGCAAACCUAUUACAAAUAUCUAAAAUCAUAGCGGGGGUAACGGGUUCUUUUUUAGAAACAGGUUUCGCAAGACCUCUUUUAGCUGCCUCGAGCACGUUCUUAACCAAUUUGGAAUCGCAAGGACUUUGAAAACCAUACAAAUUAUGCGCCCAAUUAAUACCAUAGCAAGCAGACUCAAGGGAAGAAUAAGGGGAACCACCCUGAAUCAGGGACUCUAAGUAAAGAGCAACUGAUAUCUCGUCCGAUGGCAGGCAAACGACCUCGUUAUAAGGUGAAGACCAUUCCCUGAAUUUCUGAAAAGCUCUUGAGUAACGGUCCGUCGUCGAAGGAGCCUUCGCUUCAAUGGUACGCAAGGGAAGAUCGGCAGCUAACUUACGAAGCUCUGGAUCCUUUAGAUGAGCAAUCUUCAAAGCAAACGCACGUCUACCUUGUAGAAACAUAAACAUAAUAAGAAAGAAAAAUAAUUAUGAGCAAACGAUUGAGCAAGUUAAGUGAAAACAAGAAGCCUCAAAGAGAAAAAAGUCAACCAGCCAAAAUGGGUCACACACAGACAGCCAGUGGCGUAAAAACGGACAAUCUUCAUGUACUGGCAAAAACUAGUGCGUUCGUCGUAAACUGGCCCAGUGGCCUAGUGGUCCAGCGGCCCAGCGGCCUAGCGGCCAAGCGGCGUACAACUCCACAGCAAUCUAUACAGAUUCCGGUACAGCCCCGUCGAGCAACAGAAAAGGCACUGGGGUACUAAAAUUCUCUGAUCCAAAAAGGGAACUCUUGUUCCCCCCAUGGAGAAAAACAUCCUUACCAUUCUCAACGUAGAGACAAUCUGCAACAAAUGACUUGAAAACACCCCCGCGUUCCACCAAAAGGGGCCAGUAAUGGGCUGACGGCCAAUAAGGAACUACCAAAAUUCCCCGACAACGACACAAACAGACAUGAAGGACGACCUUCUUAACUAACGAAAUAGGUGGCACAAGCCAACAUGUUUCGCCGACCCAACUAAAGGCGAGCGAAUCGACACCCAAGGAAUCUGGAUUAAAGUAUUUGGAAUAGAACCUGGGAACCUUGCGAUUUUUGUAGCUAGCAAAACAGUCUACUGAGCAGGGGCCCCAAGCAGAGGUAACAGCAUGAAAAUAGCAAUCUUUGACUGUCCAGUCAUCAUAAUCAACAAUCUUACUCAAAUAAUCUGCUCUCUCAUUCUGAGUACGAGGUAUCCACUCAACCUCAAUGUCAAUCUUAUUAUCUUUGGCGGUCUGAAAUAUGUCGAGCGCCAAGAUAUGCAAAUGCUCCUUCAUACUACCAGAAUGAACAAUCGAAGGAACUGCUUGGUUGUCAGUAAACCACUUAACAUCGCAGCCUGAGAGAAGGUGUGCAAAACUUUUCAGAGCAAAACUGACGCAGUGAAGUUCUCUCCAGGUAGAGCUCUGGCUCAUCUGUAAUGAAUCCCAGUUAAUAUGCGAGACAGGCGUAUCAUCAAUUGCAAUAAAGGCAGCACAGCCAGUAGCACUGGCAUCUGAAUAGACGAUGCGAGAUGGCUUACGAACAGUAUUGAGAAACGACCUAGAAUUCAGGUUAGAAACGUUAUUCUUCCAAAACUCUAACUCUUUGCGAGCGCAUGGGUCUAAUUCAACACAGGAAUCCCACCCAUGCCUGCGAUCGAGAGCCCUGUGUAGGCUUUUGGUCAUCAGCUUGCACACAUUGCCAAAAACAAGCAUAUUAGAAAUAAUACUUCCGGUGACAGAGGCCAAUUGCCUGGCUGGUAAUCUACUUUGAAGGAGCACAAUGUCAAUACUCGCUAGUAGCCUGUUGAUUUUUUCCACAGGAAUAGAUAACAAAUUAAGCUUUAAAUCCCAUUGAUAGCCCAACCAUCUGAGAGACUGAACUGGAACCCAUAUGCUUUUAACACUAUUAGCUACAAAGCCCGCUUGGGACAAAUCUGAUUUCACGGCCAUAGACUGGGAAUAACAGUCAGGAAAUGUAGGACAUACGCCUAGGCCAUCAUCCAAAUAUACAACAAUUCUAAUUGCCUGGAGACGCCAAUAACGUAUUAAGGGCCUCAGAACUUUUGUGAAAAUAUACGGCCCGGUAGAAAUACCGAAUGGCAAAACAGUAAAUUUAUAAAAUCGAAUAACCCCAUCCUUACACCAGGAAAAGCCUAAAAACUCUUGGUCUGCGGGAAAAAUGUCAAUAUGAUGAUAACCAGAUUUGAUAUCAAAGGAAAAAAGCCAAUUCUGAGAACAAUCGAUAAAGGAAUAAAGCAUGGUUUUCGCGUCCUCGAAUUUAAUCUUGGAUUUCUUAACAAAUUGAUUCGGAUAACGUAAGUCUAAUAUGAGCCUUUUCUUACCAUUAGCCUGAAUGGAAACGGAUAGGGGGUUAACCACAGUAGGGGCACACCCACAUUCAACCACUGAGCCUGCUAUAAGAAGAUCAGAAAUAGCUUGUUCCACAAAUUCACUAUGCUGAAGGGCAGAUCGAUUAUUGCCAAAGCUAGCUGCGGGUGGAGUGUAAAUAAAGGGGAUCUUAUACCCAUAUACAAUGGUAUCGCGAAUGAAACGAGAAGCACCUAUAUGCUCCCAAAAAGCUACAUUGCGCUUAAGACUACCUUUAACUUUAACGAUAGGAACUCCCUCCUGAUAUUCGGGACUUAUUACAUCACUAGAUAAAUCAGACGCAUCAACAGAGUUCUCGACAAGUUCCACUGGAUCAAAGUCAUUUAAACAUGUAACCAAAUUUAGUAAAUUAUACCCAUCUUUCCCUAAUCUCUGUAAUGCAACAUUGCGUUUGUCGUCAGUUUGCGGCCUUGCUACUUGAAGGGACUGCAACGGUUCCUCUAAGGCGGCUGGGGCAGGAAGUUGAAUUUGCCCAAUGACCUCUCUGUCCGCAACUGAAGCACUUGUCCGAAGGUUGAGGUCGACGCUCGCGAAAGGACUGCCCACGAAAAAGCUGCUGAUUAACAGGAAGAGUAUUGGAAGAACGAACAGAAGAAGCUUCACUCGAUGGCUGACGAGUACUUGUAUAGCUAGGUCGGGCAGACGAAUUCCUACGCUUCUUCUCGCGGAUCUUGGCCAAUGCCCGUCUUUCUGCUGAACGAAGCCUCUUUUCAUCCUCAGAAUCCUCCGCCAACUCAUCUGAUUCGUACUCUUCAACGGCUGUCCAGCCCGCAGGACUCUUAUCCGCAAAGCGAAUAAGCUUGUUUCGUUUUGUAAUAAGUGUCUUUACCGAUUCAAGUUCGGAAAUCGCUGCUGAAAGGUUCCCUUUUGAGACGUUCUUAAUGGCACCGUCCACUAAGUCGUGCAAAGAGAUGUUAAGUUCGUACUGUACCUUGUUGCCCUUGAAAGUAAAGGAAUUUGAUGGUUUCGAUUCGGUUUUCAGCUUCUUAAGCUGCGAUUGUGUGGCAGCUUCUUUGUCCUCGAGAUCGCGCUUAAAGGCAGCGAACUUUUGAUCAAAUUUGACGUCCAAAAGUUGGGAAAAUAACUGCGAAGUUUCAGCGUUUGAUAAGGACGUAUCCGAGGAAAGAGCACUCGGUUGAGCAGAGUCUCCGGUGUUGUUAGUUUCCAAAGACGCUUGAGGGACGCUCGCUGUUUCAGAACCCGACAUGGCAUAAAAAACUAGGGUUGAAAAAGAUGCCUCGAAUGGCUCUUGCAUAACUUAACAAACCUUAAAUAGUGUUCUAGCCCCUUGGGACACCUUACAAGCACGCCUUAAAUACUUCAGCAGUAUUAUGCAACCUAAUAUACAUACUCUUGUGAAACUAACAAAACGUUACAAAAUAUAUUAUUCUGCGUUCGUUGCUCAGACGUUAUUUGAAGGAAAAACCAGCGGUGACAGUCACGAAAUGUUGAAUGUUUUUUUCAGUUUAGCACCUGCGUAGCGUAGCGUAGCAGGCGUUUGAGAGUAAACUGGGUGCAAGAAAGAAGGGAGCACGCGAAGGAAGACACGAAAAAGAGUGAUAGUUCCCUCUCCCCUCGCGUUUCUCCCUCGCUUGUCCUGUUAUUUCUUGCGCCAGUAAAAAAACCUACUGCCAUUAAACAAACGUCAUUAAUAGCUAAACUGAGCGUUCCCUUGUUUUAUGUAGUUAAACGUCAUCAGCAUCUCACCUGAACGUCUCUUGGUUAAUUUUCUCUUAGGUUCCUGUAACGUGGUCGGUCACAUCACUAAGGGAAUGUGCAAGACUCUAGACUUGGCCCACCACAGCCUUUACCUACUAGAAAAGAGCACUUACUGGGCCGAGAGAGCAGUGUUAGCUGCAGCCAAAAAUAUCCUAAUAAUUCACAAGUUGUCAUUCGAGACCCACAUUACGGCCUCACCUAUAGACUCCUCGGUGGUUCUUGGAGCGGAUAUUACUGUAUUUGGCUCCAGAGGCCAGUUUAAGUUGGAUUUUAACUUGGCGGAUCCUCUAAAAAAUAUCCAUAAAUUGGCGGAUACGGCUCUCGUAUUUUUUAAGAAAUUAUUUUCACCGCGGUUCUCUAAGGCGAUCUAUGAUAAGCCAAGCGAGGAAGCCGACUACGAAGUUUCAGGUCUGUGUAACUGUGUACCUCGCUUAAUGAUGUUUUGAGUGUCUUUAAAUGAUUUAUCUGGUUCUAUCUGUCUGCCUGACUCCAGACUUUUGCAUCCAGGGUUUUUAUUGAACUGUUUGUCUUUCUAAUCGAUUGACUGUCGCAUCGAGUUCUGGCUUGACGUAAUUAAGUCAAUCUGACUGACUGACUGACUGACUGACUAAGGGACUGGUUAUGUGGACUAAUUGGCUGACUGGCUGAUCAAUUCACUGUCGCCUGACGUUUAACUUCAAACUCUAUGACUUUCGGCCGAUCAAAUAGAAUGAAAGUUUCCUAGAUCAGGCAAACUCAUAUCUCAUAUGCUAUUCGUAUCAAUUCCAACUUCACAGAGUAGCUCAUUUUGUCAAAUUUCUUAUACAAACUUAUGUGCCAAUCUCAUGCUUAGGUGAGUUCAGAAUUCAGCAGAACAGCACUAAAGAUUGUUUAUGUGUCCCACCUGGCUCGAAAGCUGGUUCUCCUGUUAUACUUGGGUCAUGUGAUGGACAAGUGUCAGAAUGGAUUUUCACAUUGACAGGAGCACUUAUGGUAAGGCCUUUUGUUUAAUCGCCGAAAUAUUAUGUCAGCUGCAUAUUAAUAUCAAACUCUUCUGGAUCACCCUUGAGAUACUAUUUUAGAAAUCAUAAACUGCUUUGUCAGUGUGUAUAAAAAUCUUUAAUCCCCUCCAUUGCCCCUGCAGAUGAAUCAUACAAUCAGUUAGCUGUUUACGUGUUUUGUUGAACUUAUAAAAACCUUUGCGAACUUUGAUCUUAAGGUGAUUCCCUGGUUUUGCAUUGCGCAUCUCUUACUGCGCAUAACAAGAUGGCCGCCGUAAAUAAGAGCAUGUGAAGUAACAUUAUUAAAAUGAAGUUGACUAAAGAGAAACGCUUUGGAAGUUUUGCUUGCGGUUGUUUCUUGCCGAGGUGAGACUCAAUGUGUUGGGAAUGUGCAUAACGUAAGAAGUACGCGUGUUGCUGAGUUCGAGUUCCUCACGGAGAACCUCGAUAGUGGAUGUUUAAUUUGUGCUUACUCACUUUGAUUUUCAUUUAAACGCUUUCUUUAUCACAUUGGGUCCUAAAUGUGAUAUAUCGAUGUAAAUUCUGUAAAAACGGAGUUUUUAAUACUUUCUUCCCCUUUUCACGUACAUUCUAUUUUAAAACUCGCCCCAAUCCUCUCUCAAAAAUCGGAGAAAAUGCAUUUGGUGCGCACUUUCUGCAGCUCUACCUCAAAAACGAGUACGGUGACCCCCAUUUUUUAUUUCAUGAUUUUAAUAAGGACAGUGCUUUCUUUCGAUGAGAAAAAAAUUGGCAUAAAUAUAUGUUCAGUUUUUUGGCAAUUUUACUAAAUUGUACGGAUUGAGCCAUCACGGGUCGAAUAGCGCGUGUCCAAUUGAUUUCUACCUUGGAGCGUAAAGUAAAAACAAGGGCAUUAAAAGGCAUUUUUCUGGUACGUAAGUGGUUAAAAAAACAUUAAAGUCAGAUUCUGGGCGAUACCACACGCAUCAUUGAAAUAAUCUCUCAUUUUGUCUAGUUUUGGGCUGCGCGCGGUUUUUGUCAAAGGGUCCUAAAUAGCCGUAUUUCUCAGCAUUGUGACGUAAAAACGAGUACGGUGACCCCCACUUUUUAUCACUUUUUUAUCAUCCUCUUGACUUGUUACAUCAGUGUACCAAGUUUUAUCUACAAUCUAUGUUAGGUUCUUUUACUAAGGAAUCACCUUAACGGAUGUAAAGCGGCGCAAGAUCUGAGCACAAGCGGCCAAACGAAAAUUCCAAGACAUAUUCAUUUUUCAAUCCUUGAUUCGUACCCCAUGUAGCUCACUAUUGAAUUCUCAAUUUUCUUAACUAAUUUUGACUUCAAAUUUAUCAGAAUAUAGACUCGGGUCUUUGUGUUGCAAUGGGCAGAGAGCAAGACCAAGACCUAUUGACGCAGGAAGUUUGCGAUGUUACUUCCGAAGAACAGAAGUUUACUUGCCAAGGAGACAAGAUAGCGCCUGUAAAGAACACCGGGUUAUAUGUUACAGCAUCUGGUAAAUAUUGCAAAUUCAACAUUACUAAGAGAUAUGAGAUAUCAAUUAUUGCUGUUCGCUCUUUAGGCUUCAAUACUAAGUUCGCAAAUUUCCCUCCAUAACCACCAAAAUGUACCAAAUGAUAUCAUGGUCAUUAUCAGCAUCAGCAUCACAACCAGCACCUGCAUCAGGAUCAGGCAAAAUGCAGAUCGAGAAGGCUGUUAUUGGCAGAGGUGGAUAGCACCCUCCGAGAUUUGCAUAACUGUUCAGAUCAUACGAAAGCCGAAUCCAAUAGUUGUUUCAUUACUCUUUUAAAAUUAUUCAUGCUUUAAAGGGUACAUGCUUCCCACGGCCGAUGUUAAGUUGCCGUCUUUAUUUGUCUGUUCAUCGGUAAAUUGAGGAUAUAAAGGGACGUUUAGUCUAGCGAAUAUUCUUCAAAUAGCUCAGUGGCGGAUCCAGGGAAGAGGCCAGACCGGGGGUGGGGGGGGGGCAUCUCAGGGUCUGGACGACCGAGUCUUCCUUACCUGAAGGUCUGGUGGAUCCUUCACUGCAGCAAUUGUCACACAUGAGUUGCUUGCAUUUUGGCUAUUUCUUCCUCGCAAAAUGCACGAAGUUUUCUGUCAUUUUCGUCAGCUCUACCAAAAAACUGAGCUAACGCAACUGAGUCUCGGUCGACGUCCCUUUUUUCUGGCGAUAGAAUGUACCGUUGACGUUAUUUAACCGGAUAUCUCAAACGUCCAAACUCGGUCAAUGCUAGCUUGUUAUGAAGAAUUAGCGGGGAGAUUCAAGCCAAUCAAAAACGGAGAAAUAUUUUAAUUGAAUAAAAUAUUUUUUUUCGGUUAAAAAAUUUCAGCCGGUGAAACAGGAAUGGGUGAAGUCCAGGCGAUGUUACUGAAGCACAACAACAACAUACAAGACGAGCAGCAAUGGGUUCUGCACGGUGAUCCAAGAGCCCUCUCAGUUUGUGACAAGUUUGUUCCUGGUAAGUCCGGGGCGCCGUUUAUCUUACAUUAGUUCUCGACGUCAAAUUCACCUCAGAAUGGGUCCUUUUUACCUGGAAAGCCUAGUUUCAAAUAGACUGGUUACUCGUAAGAUACGCUGUUUUCGUUUACGGAUAAGGGUAAUAUAUAAAUUACCCGUCAGUAUACCCAAAGCCGUAAAUAUGGGUAGAACGGUGAUGCUAUUACUGCUAUAACACAGCUGGAAAAUCAUGAUUUCCUUUUACAUACUUACCUGGCAAGGAAAGUGUUCUGUUGUGACCCCAGCAGCCAUAAGCAAUGUUAUUUUAUUUGCACUAGGAAUAACCUUGUUGCUAUGACGUUGUUUUUUCUGCCCAAAGUUAUAAACAGGAACAAAAACAAACACUAAGACAACAACACAGAUGACCAAAACGAAGUCCCAAAGAAGAAUGAAAAAAGAGGAAGAAGCAAUUUAGAGAAUUUUUAACUGGAAUCCAUGUUCGUUUUCACCUCGGUAAUACAACGUUUUAUAGCCCUCAAGUGAUCAGCGUCACCUUUGAUAUACUGGGCCGGUUUUCACUGGGCCUUUGUCACUAAUACUUUGAUUUGUUACUGUUAAAUAUAUUUUUAGUUUCAGCUGUGUUAGAUCAGUACAAAUGCAGGUAAGCCAUGCAUUCAUUGUUCCUGUUGCAGACGUUGCUUUCAACAAGCCUGCCCUUCAGUCUAGCCUUCUGGUCGUGGAUGAGCUUGAAGGUGCUAAGGACGAGAAAGGGAACGCUGUGUUGAUACCUGGCGUAGGUCCAGGGCUGGCAGUGGAUGGGAACAUGUCUAGUAUACCCUCUAUGGGCUCCUGCUCUAUGACGACCCUUGAAGUUGACCCCUGGUGGAGAGUAGACCUACAGCGGGAGCAUAUCGUGACAGAUGUCAAUGUCGUUAGUUCGUCUGGUUAGUGUUCAAUUAUUUUGCACUGGUUACAAGCAGUCAUUUUUGAAAACAAACAAGACAAACAAAUUGCGAAUAACAAACCCAUCUACUUGUUUUUUUUGUCUGUUUUAUUUUCGUAAGUACAAUGGUGACUAUAGUGCUAUAAAUCGUCUUUAAAACAUUACCUUCGAUUAUCAGCCGCUGCUUGGAAAAUGCGCCCUGCUCCUCGCCCAAAAUCACGACAGGGCUCCAUCGGUGGAAAAAUUAGACCUAACAAUCAGAUACAGUGGAACCUCUAUUCAAGGGACACCCUCGGGGCCAAGGAAAGUGUCCCCUGAACAGAGGUGUCUCCUGAAAGGAGGUUGGACUGGGGUUUGUUAAUAAUUAACCUACAAAUAAAAUAUCUUUUUUUUUUCAUUCUGCCUCGGAGUCUGCUGCAGUCAAUACCGUAAUAUUCCGAUUAAAAGGUCCCCCCCACCCCCAAACUCGUAACGCAAAAGACCCUCUGUUAAAUCGCCCCUCCAAAUAUAAGCGCACCCCUUCCCCCCCGGGGGGGGGGGGCUUGUACUUGGAACUGUCCUUAUAUACAAAGUAAAACAAAGCAAAAACGGUAACUUUCCUUCCAACUAUAAAGCUAGCCCAAUCGAUUUUGAAACGCAAAUUUCCCUCCUUAGAUAAGCCCCUCCGAAUAUAAGCCCCCUUUAAAAAUAAGUUCCUCAAAAAGGGCCUUUGAAAGACAUAAGCCCCGGGGCUUAUUUUCGGGAUUUUACCGUAUUUCAAGCUGAUAUAUAAUACACCAAAAAAUCAUGAUUAACUCAUCCGUGCAAAAUUCUGUGUUGAGAUCCCACAAUUUAAGUGAGAUAGUUUAUGAUUUGAAAGCUAUCGUCAUUGUCACCAGCCCACUGAAAGUUAUCAACGUUUCAUGGGGCCAGUCACUUUUUGAGUGCUAAUAGUUCCCUUAAAUGAAGGUUAAAGGUGGGUUUCGGGACCCAGAAAGAGUGUUCCUUUCCCCUGAAUAGAGGAGUUUUUUUAAUAAAGAGGUAACAGAUAAAGAUUAUGUGGACGUUUUUCCGGAACCAAAUUUAUGUCCCCUGAAUAGAGGUGUCCCAAAGGGAAGGUUCCACUGUAAAUAUUUAAAUCAAUGAAGAAUAAGUGAAAUGAUAUAUGGAUAAACAUAGAUAGAGGUCGGUGAAAAAAGAGGAAGUAUAGACAUUUCUUUUUGUCUAUCAACAUGAUGGCUCGAUGUUGCCAGGUCCCUAAGCCCUAUUUCUCGCGGCCUAUUUGUUGCGGGCCACGGGGUCCAUGAAGGCUUGAAAAAGGGACUGACAAAGAAGAGAACGCUCCCUGCUUCGGUGAUGCAAACCAUAUUUAGAAUGUACGAUUGUAAAUAAAUAAUUCACUGAGCAACAGUUUUUUUCACUCGCAGGUCCUCAGUCUAGUCCUCUGUCUAAUUUUGAAAUUCGCGUCGGUAUCCUGACAGACCACAAACAAAACCCAAUGUGCGGUGACCGAGUCAGACAGCUUUCUGCUGGUGAGGUCUGGACACAAGAAUGUAAACCGCUAAUCGCUGGACGUCACGUGUCUGUUAGUAUGGUUGGUAAAGGACAUCUGACUAUAUGCGAGGUGGCAGUCUUUGCCAGACUGGGUAAGUAAGCACAUAAUUAACAAUGCUAUAUGCUGAAUACGGUCUCAAACAUAUGCAACCUCAUCCACAAGGCUUAAUUUUCCCAGUUUCAUAUUUUCCAAGGGAAAAGCCCUAGCGACAAGCAAGGUUGAAUCAUAAAGGUCUUGGGAAGUUGCCUCUUUACGAAGCUGCAUAUGUAAUUGGUCCAGGAGGAAUUACUUGGGUUAAAAUUUUUGCUGAGUAUGUGCAGCAGGCCUCUCAGAACCCUUACCCUGUGAAAGUCUAUUCUUUUGCCAAAUAUAUUCCCCAUCUUAGUCACUUUUGGAAAAAUGUAAUUUUCGCGAUCCCAACUUAGUAACCUUCUGGCAUCCACCUUUAAACCCUUUAAAACUAGGUCAUCCUCACAUUGGUUAAACUUAGUGAGGUAAAAAUCUUCCCAAUUUUAAAUCCCUACUUACCUGAAUUUUCUGAUCCCCCAAAUCCCAAAAAUGUGGAAUCCCAUUCUAGUAACUCUAAUGAAAAUAGAAACCCAUUAUAGUCAAUCCAGCCGUGAAAAUGCGACCCCAUCCAGCGGCACGUCCCCAUUAGCCUAUCACUAGGACCCCUCGGGGGUAACUGGAACGACAAACAGAAAGCGUUACGCAUCAAGAGAAUGACGCAAAAUGCAAAGCACCGUCCACCACCACCAGGGUCGUGGUUCGAUUCUCGGUCUGUUGGCGUUCCUAAGCACUUAGAGCGCAUGAUUUCCCGACAGCUAAAUGAAUGCUCUUCUCGGUAGUCCCGAGUUUCAAAACUCCUUGUCUAAGGUUGUAAAUAACCAACCCUAAACCCCUUUGGUUCAUUACUAAAGGUCCUAAUUCAAUAUUUGUUUUCCUUUUUUGCGUGUGUGGUAAGGCUUUGUAAUAAGUACAGAAUGCAAUGGCAAAUGAUAAACGGAAUCUAAACGAAAGAUAAAUUAAAUAAAUGCAAUUUACAAUUAUAGACCUCUUUAGCUUGCAUGUUUUCCAAUUCAGUCCACGCGAUUUUAAACCCUAUAGAACUGUUUCUCUGACUGUCCGCGUUAGUGAGAAGCAAAUUCUCUUGAAAACAUCAUUCCAAUUGUCCUUUUCUCUUUUUGCAGAUAAUCAUGGGAAAUGCAGCUCGGAGCUACAAAGAAAAAGAGAUGAGAUUACCAACAUGUCACCAGAAGACAUAAUG